GGUCCCGGUGUCCGAGGGGAAAAAGGCCCUUCUCUGAUGAAGUGUUCAUGUGAGAUGUAUAUCAAUCUCACCGGCUGAUCUCCGCUUCUGUGAUUUUGACUCGGUCGUGACUUGUCCCCGUGGGGUGAUGAAUGCUGGGCAUGCAUGGCAAUCCCUCUCCGAUGCAACGUGCUAUGUGUAGGACUUGGCUCUUUUCCGCUUCUGUAUUCGUGUCAGCGAACUGUCAGUAUUUCCAUCUCACCGAGGUCUGGAGUUGCAGAUUCACUUUCAACCCUUCCACUACCAAUCCGCAUCUAGAACCAAAUCACGCAACCAUCUGCAAUGUCACCGUUCAACAAGGUCCGGCAUCCCUGCUCAACAAGCUGUCCUGGCCAGUCUCUUCGAUCUCGGGAUUCGGAACUUGCAGACGGAUUUACAUUUCCAGAACCGUGCCAAAUUCGGGGGUAUGGCUUGGUGAUGGUAGGCUGUUGAUGAGAUUGUUCACACAAGAAUUGUUGCAAUUUGAUGGCGGAAGAGGCCCCUGUAUUUGUGAUUGUAAGUCAUGAGCAGUAGUCAUAAACUCCUGGAGACUUUUGAAGGAAUUCGAC